GAUGAUAAUAAUAAUAAUAAUUUAUUAUCAUUAUUUGUUGUAAUAAAAGGUAUUAUAAUGAUACUAAUAAUAAUAACCGCACUUUUCGGUAAUGCAUUAGUUAUUGCAAGCGUUAGAAGACAUCGUAAACUUCGUGUACCGACAAAUCGUUAUGUAGUAAGUUUAGCUGCUGCUGAUUUACUUGUUGCUAUUUGUGCAAUGACUUUUAAUGCCUCAGUCGAAUUAUCAGGAGGCAAAUGGCUUUUUGGUCGAUUUAUGUGCAACGUUUGGAACUCAUUUGAUGUAUACUUUUCAACUGCCUCUAUUCUUCAUCUUUGUUGUAUCAGCGUUGAUAGAUAUUACGCCAUUGUUAGGCCUCUUGAAUAUCCAGCUAUUAUGAAAAAUAUUAUUGUCACAGCAAUGUUAAGCAGUGCUUGGUUACUUCCUGCAUUUAUCAGUUUUAUCCCUAUUUUUUUUGGAUGGUACACAACAUCACAACAUUUGGAUUUUCUUCAAAAACAUCCUGAGGUGUGUAUAUUUGUCGUAAAUCGCCCAUACGCUCUGAUAAGUUCCUCAGUAUCAUUCUGGCUUCCUGGUUUCGUGAUGAUAGUUAUGUAUUAUAAAAUAUAUAAAGAAGCUAUAAGACAAAGAGAAGCACUAAGUCGAGCUUCCAGCAAUACUUUACUUAAUAAUGUUCAUUUACAUCGAAUCUCAACGUCUAGACAUCACUCAAGGACUUGUCAGCAAUUUCUUUUGCAACCUAAUGAUGAUUUCCAUAUUAAAAGCUGGUGUGAUACACCAGCAACAGCAGCAGCAAUUGAACUUAAUACUGAUAAUGGUACAACAAUACGCCAGCAAACUAAGAGUUGGCGAGCUGAACAUAAAGCUGCACGAACAUUAGGCAUAAUUAUGGGAGCAUUUCUUCUUUGCUGGCUUCCUUUUUUCCUUUGGUAUUUAAUAACCGCACUAUGUGGUGAAGUAUGCAACUGUCCUGAUGCUGUAGUUUCAGUUUUAUUUUGGAUUGGUUAUUUUAAUAGUGCUUUAAAUCCUCUUAUAUACGCAUACUUUAAUCGUGACUUUCGGGAAGCAUUCAAAGAUACAUUAAAAAGUGCUUUGCCGUGCUGUGCUGGAUGUUGGAAAACACCUUUACAAUUUGUGUAGCCCAAACAUAAGAAAAAUAUACUAAACAUAAUGAAUAAUAAUUACUUUAAUACAACAACAAAAAUUAGUUACACUAA